AUGGCAAGAAGCGGCAUGAAAGUUGACAAGUCCUUCAAAAGGCAGGCAUUUGUUGAGGCAGCUAACCUUGUUAAUGGAAGAUUGCCUACUACUUCUAUGGAUGCAGAUAAUGUCGAGAACCACAAGCGCACCUUGAAGCAAAAAUACCCAGAAAUCAUGAAACUUAUGAACCUUAGUGGUGUGGGUUGGAAUGACACAGAGAAAAUGCUAGUUCUUGAAGAUGAAACAUACCGAACUUAUGUAGAGGGACAACCAAAAGCUAAAGAAUAUCUAAAUAAACCUAUAUCUUUCUUUGAGGAGCUUUGA